AGUAAAGCAUACAUAGUCGCCGAAUAUUAAGAGAAAUCCCCUGCUAGUAUUGAAGACGCUCGACGGAUCAACAUCUGUUGCCACUGGCCUCGUCCAAGACAACAUAUCUCGUUCUCCGGACAAGAUGGUCUUCAGUAGUUUCUGCUUCGUUUUCGGUUUCUUUCGUCUGCUCCUGGUGUUUUACAACUUUGACACCGUUUAUUUUCGUCCAGCGCACGCGCAGGAGAAUCAUGGUGGUACAACGACGGAGAAGAAGAAGGACACGAGCAUGGAGUCCACCAUUAUGUGCACGUUUGACGGGCUAUCCAGUGCAAAUAUCCCUGGAUGUCUGGAAGGAUCCGAACUUGUGAUGCGACUUGCGGAUCGUACGAAGUAGAUUUGUGUUGCAUGACUGGCAACAGGUGCUCACUUUUGGCCAUGCUGAGAGGAUAUUCCUCAUUCAGAACAGGCAUCUUCACGAAGGGGCUGCAGAAGCAGAACCUGUGAUGCUAGGACCCGCACCCCAGAUUUGAGGGAGCUAGCAAAAACUGCAUGACAACUCUCGGAUGAAUCUUCCAGACCCAGUAGACAUGUUUGCAUUUGAUACGGGCACCCCGAACUGGAUCUGGUCGACUGGACGGCCUACUUCGCACUGCUCCAGCAGCAGUGCUAUCAAAUGUAAAAAUGUCUGGGUCUGGAAACUUGUGAUGCUGGGUGGCGUCUCAUGGUGAGGCUAUAGAUGCCGGCUCAGCAUGACAAGUUUCUGAGCUCCUAGGUGUUGCCUAUUCUGCAUGACAAACUGCGCUUCGGCAUCACAGAAAAACGGAGCCCUUGGGCAACGUGCGUGACAGAUUUAAGAGUCAUGCCAGACAAGCAUGAGAAACAUGAAUUCUUCCAGACCCAGACAUUUUUACAGUUGAUAAGUGCCGCUACGAGGAGAUGCAGUUCCGCGUGCUGUGCGGCCCGGAGGCGGUGGCGUGGUCCUCCUGGAUUACGGAGACCAUGUAUUGCGAGGAAAAAUCCCCCCUCCCCAUAUUGAAAAAGUAUGUUUCCGAAAAUUUGUGUUUCUGAUUUGUGACCACAAAUCAGGUUUGUCGUGCAAGAAGACAAGUGCAGAGGCAUCCGCCCAAUUGUGGAAGCGAUUUGGCAUGCUGUUGGCCCCAGCGGGUAGCCGUUUGCAAUGCUGAGCAACUAGACCUGCGCGCUCCCACCUAGGCUGCGGAUCCGGCCGCAGUGCCUUACUGCAAGACAAGUCGGAUUGGUGUACGCAAAUUAGCAUCAGAAGUUUCCAUUUUGAUAUGGGGAGGGGGGAUUUUUCAUCUUGAUAACAUGGCGUUCGAGACCCGGUACCACGAGCUGAACAUGCUCUGCCCCAACGGCGUCGUGCAGGCGGCGAGCAUCGCCCUGGCGCACAACACGACGGCCCAUUUGCGGCACCGCUGGCUGGUUCGGGAGGCCUUGCAGAAGAGCUACGUGCUCGACAACAGCAAGUGGCACGUGAAGACCGUGGACGCCCUGGAACUGCUCCACGACACCUACCAGAAGGAGAACCUGCACGCCGUAUCCGCGCUUCCGCCCCCAAGAAUCGCCAAUCAACUGGCGAUUUUCGGAGAUUCCGGUGUUGCGCCUCCGGACAAGAAGAUGGGGCGCACUCCGGACGAAGUAGAACUGCGAGCGGGGACGUCGAUUGGGCAACAAGGCGCAGCAGGUGGUUUGCGAAAAGGCGCCGUGUAUGGAUUGCAAAAGUGUCUGGGUGUGGAAGAUUGCGGGACUUGUCAUGCUUGUCUGGCAUGACUAAAAAGUUUGUGAUGCGUGUCCAAGAAGAGACCCUUUUGCGUGUCAUGCAAAAACGCAGUUUGUCAUGCGAAAAACGCAACACAAAGAGAAAGAAGCGCAGAUAUUUCUCAUGCUUGGCUGUGCAUUACAGAGCAUUCACUAUUCCAAACGCAGCAUUACAAGUUUCCAGACCCAGACAUUUUUACAUUUGAUACCGUGACCAUCCUUGCGCCCUUCGCGGACGCCAGUUCCGCGGUGUCGUUCUCGCACUUGCUGGAAGUAGGGGGAAAGAACAAGAAAAACACCUAUCAAAAUGAAAAAUCCCCCCACCCCAUAUCAAAAUGGAAAUCUGUGAUGCUGGAUUUGUGUACGCAAAUCCAAUCUGUCUAGCAGUAGAGGACUGCAGGCAGAUGCAACGCCUGAGUAGGGGCGUUUUGCUGUAGGCACCUAGCAGGGCAGGCAUAUCAUCUGUAUGCGAUACAGCAUUACAAAGUGCCGGGGCAACGCGGCGGAUUGUCUGGCUUUGCCCUCUUGCAAUACAGGGACGAUUUGUGGUCACAAAUCAGCAUCGCAAAUUUUCAGUACUGCCCCUUUUUGGUAUGGGGAGGGGGGAUUUUUCCUCGCAAUAACACUCCCGAUUUCCUCUUUCCCGAAUCGCUAGAGGAACGGCAACUUUCCCUCGGCGCCAAGCUCAAUUACCUGUCUGCGCGGGUAGAAACCGAGUUCACGCUCGUCGUGGCGUCCGAGCUGGUCCCCAGCCGCGACGACCUGCAGCGGCUACUGCACGUGCUCGAGCAGGACGACGGAUAUCUCAGCGGCGUGAGUUUCUCCGGCCUCUCGGCACCGGUGGAACUACAACACGUAGAUGAAAGAGAAAGCAUUGGAGGUCCUCGUGCAAGAAGUAGUGUGAGUUCUUCUAAAAGUGGUACAACAUCAGCCUACUCCUCCCCCGUUUCCGCAACGUCCCGAAAGCGCGUGCUCGAUUUUUGCCACAAAUUGGAGGCGAAGCACUGGGUUUUGAAAUUUUCCCGCAACUACUAUGCUGAGCAAAAACGUCCCCACCCCAGAGUUGUCAUGCGAAUCUGCAUGCCAAAAAAGUUUCUUAUGCGGAGCCCCAUGAGAAGUAGUUUCUAGUCGUGUUUUGGAGUUUGUGAUGCUAGAAACAGCAUGAUAUGCUAGACCUGUGAUGCUGCUGAACUAGCGAAACAGGAUCACACUAUGAGGGCAAACUUGUCAUGCGAAACGUUGAUUUGUCUAGCAGAUUUCCCAUCUUGCCUUUCGUGUUGGGACGUUUUUGCUCAGGAUAACUACGAGUCCUACACCAUCCCACGGGACAAAAUGCACCCAGAGCUCCUGCCGCCGGAAACCCGGGUGAGCAUGCACGAGGAUGGCGCCGUCCGCCACGGCAGUUCGGUACGCAUUGCAAAUAUGUCUGGGUCUGGAAAGUUGCAACUUGUCAUGCAAAAUUUCGACUACAAAAAAGUCUGCGUUGCAUGAACGCCACAAGCUACCCACUCGCUGGUAGGCAAAAGGCGCAUUUCUCAUGCAGGAGCGGCAUCCGGAAGGUCUCGCAAAAUCUGUGAUGCUUCUGUUUGCAUUCCAGACCAUGUACGUGGUCCGCGUGAGAUGCAUGACAAAUCUUGCACUCUUGUUCCAGACCCAGACAUAAGUAAAUUUGCUUUUGAUAUUCGGUGCGCAGCUACCACGAACCCUUUCUCGCGCACGAGCUGCAGAGCUGCAAGACCUGCGACACGCUGGCGCCGACGUUUCUGGUUCGGACGAGGCUGCUGACCGAGGGCAUGCCUUUCCGCGUGUCGCUGGAUGGGGAGUGGACGCUGUUGGACUGGUUCCUCCGCCACUCGUGGCACGAUCGAAAGGAGCACGGGUUUGCCCAGUGUGUUGGCGGGUAUUUGACCCCCAUGCCGGCCUUUCAAUACUCCGCAAUUUCUGAUCCCCAUGCCGGCGUGGUGAAAGAAGAGAGCGGUGGUCGUGCAGCUGCCCCCGGCGUAAUAGUAGGUACAACGGAGAGUAGGGAGAACGAUGAAAAUAAAAAUGCACCCGGGAAGAGGAGAACAGAGAACUCGAAACAUAUGGAUUGCAAAUAUGUCUGGGUCUGGAAACUUGUAAUGCUGAGUUGUGAGUAGUGAACUCUCUGUAAUGCACAGCCAAGCGUGAGAAAUAUUUGCGCUGCUUGGUGUUGCGCUUUCCGCAUGACAGUCUGCGGCUUUGCAUGACAGGCAACAGGGUCUCUUCUUGGACACGCAUCACAAACUCUUCAGUCAUGCCAGACAAGCAUGACAGAUCUUGCAUCCUUCCAGACCCAGACAUAUUUGCAUUUGAUAAAGCAGGGUCUGCUGCAACUCGUUCCGAGAUUUGAGUGGCGCCACUUGUACAGUGGGGUGAAAGCCGACGUCGACUUCUGGUUCCGGAGCGGCUUGAGCCGGGGUUUCGCGCACUGGGCGCCAAACCUGCUCCCGCAAGGCAGCCAAACGGGGUUGGACCGCCAAGUGAAAGAGUUUUUGGAGAAGAAUGACCUGAAGGAGAUCGAAACGAUCGACGGGGUAUCCCCAGAAAAAAAACCAUCCGCAUCCAUGUUUUGCAUGACAAACACUGGACUUGCUGCAGGUUUUGCAUGCCAAAUGGUUUUUUUUUUCUGUGGAUACGGGGAACUCCGCCAGUACGGCUGCACGCUGCGCACCCCGAACUGUCCCAUGGACUGGCUCUACAAGGGGUGGGCGAUUCCCCCCUGCUGCAAGCGGACGCUGUGGGACUUGGUUGUGUUCGCCGACAAUUUGUUCAAGGAGCACCAGAUCGAGUAUAUCGUCACGGACGGCGCCCUGCUCGGCGGCCUCAAACUUGGUGCCCUGCUCUAUUACAAUGAAAAAUGCCCCCACCCUCGAACUUGGGAGCAUUUGUAUUGCAAACCUUUCCAAAUGAAACAUUCGCCCUCUUGCAUCUAUCAGCAUCACAGGUUUCCAAUCGUGAAUGGCAAAAAUUUGUAUUGCAAAAGACCCCAGCAAGAGCGGCGCUUGUCAUGCAAGCGAUGCGAUAAAUGCCUAGACUCUGCAUCAGAAAGAUUCAUACUCCUUUCAUGUAUGACAAAGAGGCGUCAUUUGGAAACUUCGCAUCACACUUUGAGGGUGGGGGCAUUUUUCACUGUAAUAUGCUCGACUGGGACGGGGACGUGGAUUUUCACAUUCGCGACGACAGUUUCGACCGUUUGGAGUCCCUACCCAUUGCAAAUAUCCCUGGGGGUCUGGAAACUUGUGAUGCAAGGAAGGGAAGAGUGAGCACUCUGUGAUGCGCUGUCCAGCAUGACAAGUUUUUCCGUGGUGGUGAGUUGCGUACUCCGCAUGAGCAAGUGCAUUUUUGCAUGAUAGGCAAGAGGAGCGCGUCUUCGCGGCCACGCAAUACAGAUUGCAGAGUCAUAUUACCAGACUUGCAUGGCAAAUAUCGCAAUCUCCCAGACCCAGACAGAUUUACAGUUGAUAGUCGCUCCGCCCGUGGAUCGAGAAGGCCGGCUACCACCUGCGACUGCACGAGGGCGGUCGGAGCUACCUGCUAUGAACUGCAAAAGUAUCGUACUCGUAAUAUAAAUGCAUUGAUGUUUCACUUGGUGGAAGCUGACAGGGUUCUACGAGCUAUUAUGGGUGUCUAUUGUCUAUAAUAUAAAUGCAUUACAAAUUUCCUCAGCGUGAUAAGUAAAAUUUGUAAUGCGGACUUACCUGCUGAAGAAAAAGAGUUGUAAUGCAUGACCGCAAUACGAGUGCGCUGCUUUUGCACAGGAUACCUGCUGCAGGCGAACAAGUUCAACUACCUGCUGCUAUGGAUUGCAAAUAUGUCUGGGUCUGGAAGAGUGGAACUUGUAAUGCUGUCUGCGAAUUCUAAAAAUAUCUGUGUUGCAUGAGCAGCAAGAGGAGUCAGUUCUUGGCACGCGGAGAGGGCAUUUCUGAUGCGUAAUUGGCAUCAAGAAGCUGUCAAAAAAUCUGUGAUGCUAGCACCAGCAUCACAGACCUCACGGGUCAUGCAAAAUGUGCACGACAAGUGCCGGCUCUUCCAGACCCAGACAUUUUUGCAGUUGAUAGCUUCUGGAGCUGAACAAGCGCGCAGAGAAAUUUCCCACCGACAUCUGGGAAAUGGAGAUCGAGGGCCGGUGGCUCCCAGUGAUGGACUAUCAAAUGCAAAAAUGUCUGGGUCUGGAAGAUUGCGAGAUUUGUCAUGCUUGUCUGGGAUGGCCAAAAAGUUUGUGAUGCGUGUCCAAGAAGAAACCCUUUCGUCAGUCAUGCAAAAACGCAGUUUGUCAGGCGAAAAACGCAACACAACGAAGCGCAGAUAUUUCUCAUGCUUGGCUGGGCAUUACAGAGCAUUCACUAUUCCCAACGCAGCAUUACAAGUUUCCAGACCCAAACAUAUUUGCAUUUGAUAUGGACCACCCGGGGAGAAACGUCAGCGAGUGGUACGGGGAGGGCAUCUACACACACUAUCCUCAGCAAAAACGCCCCCGCCCCAGAGUUGUCAUGCAAAUACGCAAUGACAGGAACAUGUGUAAUGCGCCUCUGCGUGAGGGGCAUUUCCAAUCGUGUUUUGGUAGUUGUAAUGCUGCAAAUUAAUAUGAUGAGAAAAUGGCUCUCUCAACAUACGGCUGCCCUUGCUAACCAGCACUACACUGGAGAUGGAAAGAACUUGUCAUGCGCAAUUCCCUUAACUUGGAGAUUUGUGUUGCAGAUUUAAUACCAACUUGACUUUGAGGCAGGGAUGUUUUUGCACGGGAUACGCACCGGGCGCGCUAUAUGGAUGUGUCAGGAUCGAAAUCGACAAAAUCGAAAAAUUUGUGAUGCAUAAAAUGCAGGGCACUGAAGGCCUGUAUUGGGGAGCAGGCAAAUGAGACCGAUUGUGAGCCUGUUUAGGGGUAUACAAUGUGCUGCCAGAGUAGCAUUACAGGCGGAGUCUUCUUUGCCCAAUCAGCAUGACAGACUGGAUUUGGGCACUCCCGAAAUUUGUCAUGCGCCAAUUGAAAACUGAGGCUCCAACUGACAUCGAUUUUGUGCAUCAGAAAUUUUUCGAUUUUGUCAAUUUCGAUUCUGACACUUCCAUACGCUACAUCCCGCCCUGGGAGGAAGACGCGGGAAACUUGAUGUUUUGCGCCAUAUGGAUUGCAAAAAUGUCUGUGUCUGGAAGGUUGCAACUUGUAAUGCUGUCUUUGGAUUCCAAAAAAAUCUAUUUGUUUUGCAUGACCAGCAACAGGACUCCAGUUUGUGUUACGCGGAGAGGGCAUUUAUCAUGCGGAAUAGGCAUUAGGAAGCCCCCUAAAAAUCUGUGUUGCUAGAUCAUGCAUCAGAGACAUCAAUCAUCAUACAAAAUAUGCAUGACAAGUCUGCAUUCUUCCAGACUCAGACAUUUUUGCAUUGCAUACGCCAACCCGGGACACCACAACUGCGUAGACGACCUACCGCACGGCCACGACUGCCGCAACAAAGCCAGGAACGGCGUUUGCGUGGCCAUGUCCACGGCGUCCAGCUGA